AUGCAUUUAGAGAAUGGAGAACAAUGUGACUGUGGUUCAGAAUUUCAUUGUAGAUCAGACAGAUGCUGCCAGUCUAACUGUAUGUUGAAACCAGGAGCCAGUUGUGCUGUUGGCCAAUGCUGCAGCAGUUGUCAGUAUCUUCCAGCUGGGACAAUUUGUAGAGAAAGCACUAAUGCCUGUGAGCUUCCUGAGUAUUGUACUGGAAAAGCAGCAUGGUGUCCUGAAAAUGUUUAUGUACAAGAUGGUGCCCCAUGCAGUGAUGAUGCAUAUUGUUAUCAUGGGAAUUGCACUACUCACACCAAACAGUGCAAAAUGAUGUUUGGCAAGAAAGCAAUAGUGGCUUCAGAGGUUUGCUUCAAAAAAGUGAAUAGUCAAGGGGAUCGUUUUGGAAAUUGUGGUAUUAAUAAUGGCACAGAAUAUAAAAGAUGUAAAAGUGAGAAUAUCUUAUGUGGUCGGAUCCAGUGUGAAAAUAUUGAUAGUUUACCACUUUUAGAGGAACACAGCACUGUAGUUCAAACACACAUUGGCAACAGGAAGUGCUGGGGCACAGACUACCACAGUGGGCUGGAGAUACUUGAUAUUGGAGCAGUGAUAGAUGGCGCUCCUUGUGGCACAGAUAUGAUGUGUAUUGGUGGCCAAUGCAUGAGUGUGUCCUUCUUGAACUAUGACUGCAAUGUCACCAAGUGUCAUAAUCGGGGAACUGCAUUGCCAUAA